GUGUGUGAGGGUAACCCCCCCACUGUAACUGUAUCCCGCCACACUGACCAACUCAUGAUGCAAGAGUCUAUUUCCAUCCAGCCCCUUCAUGUCAGCGUGGGGGGGAGGCAGCGUCCAGAGGCCUGUUUGUCGUGGUGCUCACUGGUUUCUGGCAGCAGAAGAGUAAUGGACGGAUGGAUUUAGCAGCCAUUUAGUGAAAGAGUUUAUUCUAUGAAUUUGAACAUGAAAUGCUGUAGAAAGCAAUGCCGGAGUGAGAAAUGUCAAAAGAAAAGUGCCGGUUUAUAAAACCGGGAAAGAGCGCGACGGACUGAGACAUGUCUCCUGCAGAGAGGCUGAAGCUGCUCCUCUUCCUGGCUUCCUUCUUUGGAGCAGCAGGAUUCCUGCUCACACUUGUGUCCUGUGGGACCGAGUACUGGCUGCUGGCUGCUGAGUCCUGCAGCUCUGGAGGAAGUGUCCCGAGAGAGGGGAAGAGCGGCACCGAGGAUACAGACGGUGUGAGGGUCUUCCAUGAGGGCCUGUUCUGGCGGUGCUCUUUCAUGGCUGUCUCAGAUCAACACUCUAUGUGGGACCUUUGGAUCUCUAAUCAGCCAGCAUCAAAGGUCUGCCGAGCCGCCUUCCUCUUCCCGUUUCCUGCUCGUGGGCCACAGCGAUCUCUGGUGGAGCCACACAGUUCCCCCACAGAGCCGUAUGAACAUCACUCUGCCAUUGUUUUUAGGACCUUCUGGAGCAUCUUCCUCGUCACAGGCGUGGCGGCGGUCCUCAUUGGUGGAUUUGUUGUCAUCUGUGCCGGCCCGCUGACCAAUCACAGACUCUAUGAAGUGGGGGGGGCCCUUCUGCUUUGUGGCGGUCUGAGUCUGCUGGCAGUGCUGGUGAUGUAUCUGAUGUGGGUCCAUGUCCUGGACACUCUGGAGCAGUUUGCCCUCCAUCACAGAGUCUCCACUUGCCCCUCGUUCCACCUCAGCGUCCAGCACGGCCCUUCCUUCCUGCUGGCUCCGGUCGCUGUCUUCUUCUCUCUGCUGGCCGGGCUGCUCUUCCUCCUGGUCGGCCGCAGCAUUCAGGGCAUACAGCUCGAUAAAAAAGACAGAAUUCCUGAACUUCCAGCAUCUGACGAUUAUCUGUGAAAAUAUUGUAAUGUACAACUGUCUUGCUGACAUAA